CUCAUUUGUUCUUGAAGUAUUCAGUUUCGGCAAUUCGUUGUACUGAAAACAGAACAAUGCAGUGCGACGCUCCAAUAGGAAUGUGAACGGAGCCCGGUACCUGCCAAUCACGAAAGCAAACGCCCUAGACUAGUGCUUCUGCGUCCGAUACGUCCCCUUUGAGCUAGCGUCCCAAUGUGUGUCCUGUAAGAACAGCAGUAUUUUUAAAAAAGAAGCCAGACUUUAUGAAAAGUAUAUUUAUCACUUUAGUGGUCCCAUUUUGAAUACAGCAGACAUACAGAGGGAAUCAUAACUACAAAGGAGAACUGAUGUAGAGGAACCCCUAUAAUGGCCGCCAAAGACAGAGAAUGCGCUUCCGAUUUGGUGCAAUCAGCAUCUGGUGGAGUUUUAUUGCGGGGUGUUUGCCUUGAUAAUCUUUCAGAAGUCUCAGCAUGUAGACAAACAUUAGUGGAAUUGAAAAGGGACAUUAGAUUUAAGUCUCCCCAAACAAACUAUUCAUAUUGCGAUAGAAAAAUUUCAAGUAGACAGGAAAUGCAAGAUUUUGAAAAAAAACUAUUUACCUUUGGAAUUAAUGGGGCAAUUAGUUUUACAGGUAGUAUGCCUGUGGGAAAAGGAAAUGUAGAUUUAAGUGUGCUUACGAACUUUGAACGUCAAAACAAAAGUGAUGAUUUGGAUUCAACCUCCAAAGAAAGUGAAAUCAAUAUGAAUUGCACUGUUGUUCCUACUGCAUUAUGGGAAUCCAGUUUAGCAGACUUCAAAUUAAGUAAAUCUGCAACUGAAGAGCUCCUUGCUAUCGAGAAAAGUUACUUAAUGCUGGUAUCAGAAGCAGAUGCAUUAUGUAAUAAAUUUUUCGAUAAAUUUGGAACACAUAUCAUUGUUGGAUUUGUUCAUUUCGGAGGCAUAAAGCUGGCAAAUACCAUCAACGUUGAAGAAGGGUCUAGUAGAAAUCUGAAGAGAAAGAAAACUAAUGAAGUUCAGGGCUCAAUGACUGGAAAAUGUGGGGAUGAUUUAGCAACAUUCGAUAUAAAGACAAAUUGUUAUGGGAAGAACUCAGAUUCUCAAGCAAAGCAGAUGUUGACAAAAGAGAAAUCUGCUUCAACAUACACCCAGAUACGUUAUAUAGGGGGUCCCCAAAAUGUUGAAUCCGAUGAUGAGUGGAGAAGUGGUUUAUUAGAAUGCCCUUCUACAUGGUCAGUUAUUGACAGAGAAAUAACAAAAUGUCACAAUUUCGAACCAGUCUGGAAACUUAUAUUACACGAAGACUCUUUUGAAGACCCAAAGCGUCUAGCCGAAUACAUAAAAAAUAAUAUCCUUACAGAAUCGACUGAAAUUAAUUUUGUUCUUUUCGAAAAUGAAAGAAUAAAAAUUAUAAUUGAUAGCCAACUUGCGAGUAUUAAAAGUGACGAAAGCGAAGAAAAUUGCGUGAUUUGUAUGACCCGGUUACUAAAUGAAAUAAUUAAUCUUGAGCACGAAGAUGUUUGGAGAAGAACUUUAGAAAAUUAUCAUCCUGCAUCAGAAAUACUCCUUUUGACAACACAACAUGUAAAAACAGCCCAAAAUGAAAUUGAACUGAAAAGAUGUCUUAGCAACAUACUGAAGCAUAGUGGAGGAGUAAAAUUUCAAGACCAGUUUGAGGUAUUGAGAUGGCUUCAUAAAAGUUCUCAGGGAAGAUUUGGGAAACUGCCUGAUAUCAAGAUAUCUGAUGUUAGAGAACUUAUAAAUUGGUUAGAAAAAGACGAAAUCUUCAAAAUAGCACACUCGCUUCCAGACUUCAAAGAAGAGCCAGACUUUUGUCUCACAAACGUUUUUUGCAAAGCUGUUUCAGUUUUAAUCAGCAACGUUAUGAGACAGGAUUAUCACUCAGAUUAUCUUUUACUUCUCUCAGCAUUGAUACCUUUUGAUUUUGAUUAUCGAGAGGGUUCAUUUCGAACACAGUUGACGGUGCAAAGGAUAAAAGAUUUUUUAAAACACAUCAAAAGUGUUUCGGAGGCUUAUGAUGACCUAGCAGCUAAGUCAAUUGUUAUUCAACACGCGUGGAUCUUAAAUUUAUUGCUAUCCAACAUAAAAGAAAGAUCAAAAAAUGAAACCACUGACCUCAUUGAAGAAAUUUCAAAGGAGGAAAUAAGAUUAAAAGAACCAGUAAUUAAAAUCGUGCAAGAUAGUGACGGCUUAAAAGACAUCCAAAACGAGUUGCAACAGCUCCAAGAAGAUGAUAAAGAAAAACUUUUAUGCUGGAAUUUCUUCAAAGGAAAACCAUUUUUUCCUUACUCUGAUCGAAUUUCUACCAAACAACCUUCUGCUUCCAAGCCACCAGACGCCAUAUCAAAGAUCAUGCAGGCAAUGGGCCUCUUGGAAUAUUAUCCCGGAAAAAUAACCUUGCAGAAAGUUCUUGAAAUUGACGAAAACACAUUUAGAGAACCUGAACGUCUUAAUGAAAUUUCUUUUGCUGUCUUAAGAAAAAUAGUUUCAAGUAGCACUGAAUUUCGUGAGAACGUACUGAAUGAAUAUCUGUCAAAGACACCAACAUCUGGUACUAGUUUUUUAGAUAGUGAUGAAGAAUGUUCUGACCACGAAGAUAUUGGUGUAGAGAAUGAAAAUCUGCAUCCUUUAGAUGUUUUUCACUGCAUUUUUUUAUGCUGUGAUCCGUUUUUGAAAGCUACACUCUGCAAAAAAAUUGCUGAUGUUCAACUCGCGAUUCCUUUAGUUUAUCCCUACCUUGAGGACAAACUUAUUAUUUCUCUUUGGCCUUUAAGAAACAUUUUCAUAGGUGAUCAAGUAGAUUCAAUGGCAAGGUCCCGCAUUAAUUCAAUUUGCUUUUUAAGAGUUGGGAAUGUGUCUUUUAUGUCAAAAUCAAAACUCAUCAAUGAAUUUAUGAGAGAACAAAAUGUUGAACAUAAUACAUUUUUCCACAGGCAGUGCCCAUUGGGUUCAAAUAAGCGCACAGCGUACAAUGGAGUCAUUGAAAUUUCAUGGUAUAUUCCCUCGGAAACAAAUGCAAGUACGAAAAAAGAGAGAGUUGGUGAAUAUAUCAACAAAAAACUACUGAUAUUGAACUUGAGGGGAGAUGUAACAGAGUUUCCAAAGCAGGCUGAAUUAAUCUUGCAAAUGUCAAAUAUUGUAGUAGUCCUUGUAGAAUUUUCCUGUCUUAAAGACAGAAAAAUAGUCAAUACACUACGAAACUUUCAUGAAAGUGAUGUCAAAGUUAUCAUGAUAACAAAUAACUCUCCUUAUCUUGAACUUAGAGAUAUAACUAAGACGUGGAAAGAAUACAUACAAAUUGCAAAUGUGACAAAGUCUAGAAUACAUCCCUUGCAUACAACAGAUCCAAAAACAAAAGGAAUAAAAAAUGCAGUGAGUAUAAAGAAAGAGCUUGUAAGAGCAGUACAAGAAUUCUUAAAGUUAACAUCCUACGAAAUUAUUCUUGAAAGUAUUGCGAACAAGGCCCCAGAGUUCAUCAUAGUUGAUGAAGCACAACAUGGCUGUGAAUUAGGUAGAGUGGAUGCUGAGGGAAUAAUGUCAAAAAUUCGAAAAGUGGCCGAUGGACGUGUAGAUAAAACAAAUGCUUUGCCAUUACAAGGAAAACAGCUGUGGCACGAGUGGAGUAGGAUACAGAAAGAAUUAUCUAAUACGGAAAAAUCCAGGUCAGAAGAAGAAAUUGAUCAAAUGAAAACUUCUAUGUUAAAGAUAAGAAAAACGCAAACAGAAGUUUGCAACUCUGAGAAUAAUAUUAUUGCUGAUUUUGUCAACAACAUACUUUGCUUUGAAGAAAAUUUGGAAAAGGUAAUAUUUUUCCUUUCAUGGCUUCAGGAGAUUUUGGAUAGCGAGUCUAGAAAGGUUCUUCCCUUGAAAAUUAAAUGUGUAUCAGAAACGUACGAACUAUUUAAGGCAGGAAAAAGAAAGGAAGCUGAUGUCAAACUUGCGGAGGAAAAUUUGUCAAAUGCUUCAUUUGGGCUGGAAAAUUUCUUUCGUGAAAUCGGACAGAUCUACGAUUGCUAUACGUAUUGUGCAUUAGAGGGAGGAUACAUGAUUGAAUUAUCUACAUUGUCUGUCAUCCAAACACUUCCGAAGAUUGUGGCGAGACUUUUAAUUUCUGGUCAGCCUUUUGAAAUAAUGGACGGAGAUGCUGUAAAUAUCCCAAUAUAUUGGAUGAAAGCUGUGUUUAAAGAAUUAGAGACACUAAUUGGGAAUAAAAAGGUAUUUUCAUUGUCGGUGGUUGGUGUUCAAAGUUCAGGAAAAUCAACAUUGUUGAAUUCAAUGUUUGGUUUAGAGUUUCCCGUCAGAUCAGGUAGAUGUACGAGAGGAGUCUUUCUUCAUCUGAUUCCUGUGACCAAAAAAAUUGCUGAUAUUGAUUAUGCCUUUGUUUUUGAUACGGAGGGUCUAAAUUCCCCUACAUACGGUUAUAGUAGAACGAAACAUGAUAACAAACUUGCCACUCUCGCUAUUGGACUUGCUGAUACUGUGAUAAUUAAUAUCAUGGGGGAAACAAUUGGAGAAAGCAUGGAAAACACAUUAGAAAUAGUUAUACACGCGUUAAUUCGUUUGAGACAAGCAAACAAGGAUAUCGAGUUGAGUCAAUCUUGCAUGUUUGUGCAUCAAAACGUUUCAAAAAUGGGUAAAGGUAUUGAAUUGAAACCUAAUAUGCAGCGUCUGUAUCAAAAGUUAGACCAGGUAACUAAGGAAGUUGCUAUUCGUGAACAUUUAGAUUACGUUACAUCUUUUAAUGAUGUCAUAUCAUUUGAUGUAGAAAGGGAUGUUUUACAUGUACCAAACAUUUUACAAGGUCAUCCACCGAUGGCACCUGUGAGUCAAAAGUAUAGUGAAAACGUAGAAAAAAUUACCGAGCAUAUAUUGACGCAGUGUUCUAACAAAAAAUGUCAUUCGACCAUACAUGACACCUGUGAUCUUCUUGAAAGUGUAUGGAAAGGAAUAUUAGCAGAAGACUUUGUUUUUAGUUUUCGUAACUGUCUUGAGGGUAAGGCGUAUAAUCUUCUAAAUACAAAAUUUAAAGCCUUGAAUUGGGAAAUUGAAAAGAUGUUACUUACGUUUUGGACUGAAAAAGUGAAUCAAACAUUGCAUAAAUGCACAGAAAGAACCAUUGAUUCAGAGGAAUAUUUUCUUAUUGGGGAAUUCACCAACAAAUUAAAAGAACUUGUUGAUUUGAAAAAGGAGGAACUAUGCAAUUUUUUUGAGGAAUCUGAACUACGUGACCACAUGGUGCGCUGGAAAAAUGGAAAGCUGAAUGAUCUUAUAGAAUCAUCUAAUAAAAUCGGCAACAAAUUUGAGAAAAGAAUCAAGCAGAUGGUUGUUCAUUUUAAAUUAAGAUUACAGAAUGAUGAAAUGGGAUCUGAAGAAAAAAUUAUGGAAAAAGUGUCGGAUUAUGCAAAGCAAUUACAGGGAAAAGAUAUUUCAGAAGAGGAGAAACGAAGUAUGUUUCAGGAACUUUGGAGGACAUCAUUAAAUGAGCUUGCACCUAAUUUUCCAAUAUCUUCACAUGCUCAAAAGCAAAAGGAGUUACUAGACAAAAUGAAGGAUGUUUUGCACGACGAGUUUGCCUUUCAUACUAGAUUACUAAAAAAGGAUCUUGAAAGCUAUGAUUCUGAUGAAGGCUUUGGACUAUCUGAUCUAACGGCAGAUAUAAAAGAUAUUGAUGAAGAUUGCAUAUAUGUAAACUCGCAUUGGAGAAAAUUUCAGAAGAUAUUCUUUGACGUUUCGAAAGAUUAUAAACAGAAGACGUUAGCAAUCACAAAACAGAUAUUUAACUCUGUUUCAAAAUAUUUGAAUGACCUACGAUACCAGGAUGUAGAAUGUGACGAAACUCAUUUCAGAUGCAUUUUAAAAUUAGCUACUUCGAGUUUUCAGGAAAUAGAUUCUGAAGAUCGUGAGUUUAGCAUCACUCAUAUCUAUAGAAUAAGAGUCGCAAUACGAAUUGCCAGAUAUUCGUUUUGGAAUUUUUCAGAAAUGAACAGAAGCUAUGAAGAAAAGCAUAACUUAUAUUCUUUCCUUCAAACAAGAAAAUCACAAGCGGAAAGGGUAUUCUUCGAUACAAUUCAAGAAAAAGCUGACUCAGAAAUAGUUUCUAAUUACCUAUGCAUCGAAUUGAAAAAGCAGAUGAAAACAAAAAUUUCGAAAAAAAUGUUCGUAAUGGUGAAGGAAAAGAUGCUAGAGUGCUUUUCAUUCAUGAAAUCGAAAAUGAUUAAAGAAAUAAUGAUUGAAUUAGCAGAAAAAGAUAGUUUUAAUGAUUACAUGGAAUACAUAAUGAAUCCUGAAGCCUUCGUGAAAACAUGGAUAAGACAAAAAACGCGAUCUGAAUGUUUCAAAAACAGAGGAGACAAGGUUUCUUUUGUCGCAAGAAAAGCUGAAAAAAUGUUGUCAGGGGAUGUUUCGACUCUAACUAAUAUUGCUAAAAGAGCGACAGAAGAUAAAGAUAUAAAGACGCUCGAAGAUUGGAUUCAAUGUUUUUGCGAAAGCGUACAUUCUUUUGAACUAGAAAGGGGGUAUGUCUCCCUAUUUUCAAAAUAUCAAGUAAGAGAUCUGAAGUCUUUCUGUGAGAUUUUUACAGCACAAAUAGGAAAGGUCGAAGCCGAACUCCUGAACACAUAUGCAACAGAUAACCCUGAUGAUAUUGAAUUGGAUGGAAAUAAACCAUAUGAAGAAGUCUUUCAAUCUCUGUGGGGAUGCUUAGAGCACUGCCCAUUAUGUUUAGAACCAUGUCAGUACACAGACUCAGAUCAUUGGAGAAAAGACAAUAUUCCACAUCGAUGUGUUCAACAUAGGCCUUUUGCUCUGGGUGGAAACUUCCUUCAGGAAAACGAUAAGUUGAUGAUUCAAACAUGCAAUUCGAACUUCUUUUUGCAGGCAAUGUGGUGGGUGGUGUAAUUGUCCUACAAAAGACUAUAGCAUUAGCCAUCCUUUGAAAAAAUAUAAGACUUUUAUGCCAUCCUGGGACAUAAAGCCAUUAGUAGACGCAGAUGGAUCAACAUAUUGGUGCUGGUUUACUAACAAGUAUUCAAAACACCUAGCACUCAAUUUUGCUAAAGAACCCCCUCCUAUACCACGACAUUGGUGUGGAAUUUCUAAAGAAAUUGCAUUAUGUAGUUUAAGUGAAAAACAAUUCAAAGAAAACACCCAGCUAGAUUCGCUUUUAUUGGCUAAGGUGCCAUUUGUGAAAAAG